UCUGGCUUCCGUCAUUGAAUCAGUACACUUGGAACAGAAAACGCGCAUUGUUACUACACAAAAGGCCUGGCCGCAGGAGAUCCAUGGGCCUAACAUCUAUAUCUGCGAGCUGUCGUCUCACAACAAUUUCCGAAUGCCGACGCCGGAAUUCCUUCGGUGUGUCGGAAAUGUAGGAACAUAGAGCUAAAUCCACAUUGCAAGCCUCUCGUUACCACCAUAGUCUGAAGCCCUUUGCUUGACAAUCAUAUCCGACUAUAUUAUUCUCUUGGGGCCCUCUCUCGCCAAUAUCCAAUAGCUAAAUCCCGUCAUGGCAGUCAAUAAGCCAUCCUUCGAUGAGUUGCCGCUUGCUAAAGACGGCCCUCAUGGCAACGCCUGGGGCCUUUUCGGUAGCUCCGAUGAGCUUGGAAUGCUCAAUCUCCUCACACCUGCAACCACCGCCGCAGCCGCCUCGGAAAUCAAAGACGGCGUACGAGUCGCGUUGGACUGGCCGCUAGACCUGAUGGCGGAACCCUGCUUUGGCCGCGUUCCUUUCAAGCAGGAAAUCAAGAACAAGGCCCCAAGGAGUGUCAAUGACGACACCUUGACCUUCAACACGCAGUGUAGUACCCAGUGGGAUGGACUCAGGCAUUACGGAUACCAGAAGGAGGCGAAGUGGUUUAACGGAAAGACGCUGGACGAUCUACUAAACACCAAAGCCCUUGGCACUCAUGCUUGGGUAGAGAAUGGCGGCAUCGUUAGUCGGGGCCUCUUGUUGGAUUACGCCUCUUGGGCGGAGAAGGAGGGACUCCCCGUAGAUUGCUUUAGCACAAGUUCCAUCCCCGUCGCGGUAUUGAAGCAAGUCGCAGCAAGCCAAAACACAAUACCUCGCCCCGGAGAUAUCCUCCUCAUUCGUACUGGCUGGACCAAGCAGUACGAGUAUAUGACUCAGGAUCAGCGACGCGCGUUGGCGGACAUGACCUCGCCACCCGCAAUCGGAGUCGAAUCUUCCAAGGAGACGCUACGAUGGCUCUGGGAAAGUGGCUUUGCAGCAGUUGCGGGUGACAUGCCCAGUUUCGAGGCAUGGCCGUGCCAAAACACUGACUUUUGGCUUCAUGAAUGGCUUCUGGCGGGAUGGGGCAUGCCGAUUGGAGAGCUUUUCGACCUUGAGCGACUGAGCCAGGAAUGCAAGAAGAGGGAUAGAUGGACUUUUUUCUUUAGCUCCAUGCCGUUGUACGUACCGGGCGGAGUUGCAAGCCCACCGAACGCUGUAGCCAUUUUUUAAGGAACACUGAGAUUCCAUUGUGCAAGAAUCGAUCGAUGCAUGUGUAAUUUCAUCUUUGGCGUCCAACGAGUUGCAGAACAAUUUGAAGUGAGAGGUG